AUGGAGAAAAUCUCCUUAUCAUAUAAUUCCAAGAGGAAAUUGACAUUAACAGAGGGAGUGCCAUCCCUAAAACCGGCCUCUGCGCCUUCUGAGAUUGAUUCGAGAUUGGAGAAGUUGGAUCACAUGGAAAUUUUUUGUGGAUAUGGUGACCGCUUGAGUUUGUGGAAUCCUGCCACCAGAGAGUUCCGGCCUCUGCCUCCUGCGCCUUUUGUGACUGAGCACUUCUUAUGUAACUAUGAUCAUGAAUUCGGAUUGGGGUUUGACCAGUUGACUCAGGAUUAUAAGGUUGUUUGGAUUCGAGUAUUCUUUGAUAAUCGGGGACAGGGACAGGGACAGGGACAGGGACAGGGCUCUUACCUUCAUAAUUCUGUCUCUGUCUAUUCCUCAUGCGAUAACUCAAGGAAGAACCUACAAUUCCCUUCCAGUUUUACCUUAGGUUUGCCCUAUUCCGUCACAUAUCUCAACGGGAUUUAUUAUUGGAUUUGUAGGAGCCGCAAUAAUAAUAUAUGCAAGAUUCAGUCAUUUGCCAUGGGGAGCGAACAGUUUGGGGAGAUGCAAGGCCCAAAUAUUCCAGGUAAACACUGGGUGAGGCUUACAUCGUGUGGCGACUCGCUUGCAAUGUUAGUCAGUGAUAAGUCUAUGACAUCCAUAUAUGAAAUGAAACAAGAGGGAAGUUGGUCCAAAGUGUUUACUGUUCAACCUUGUAUAGAAGCUGCUCAUUUGCCUAAAGGUAUUUGGGAGAAUGAUAAGAUUGUUUUUGACCUCACAGAAACUUCACAGCUGGUGCUAUAUGACCCUACCACAAGUCAAGUUACGGAUCUUGGAAUUCAGCUGAAGCUUAUUGGCUGUUGUGUUUUCAAUUAUAAGGAGAGCCUAGCCCUAAUUACGAAAGGAAAUGAGUCUCAAGACCAGGAUAAUACUGAUCGAGCAAAUGAAGUAGUACAACUAUUAGGUGGACGAAUGAUGUCAAGAAUUGAAAACCAAUUUCCCCCCUCUGAUCUUUCAUUUUCUGAGUAA